AAAAUGGACGUCAAAAGGAUGGUUGAAUUAGAGCAAUGAAACAAUGGCUUUGAUUUUGCGCCUUGGAAUAAACGACUUGCAUCGAACUACUCCAGCAAUCGCCAUCUUGCUUAAGGAAGGAGAUCUUCUGUUAUGAGUAACACAACUGAUGGUCAAGCAGACAUUGAAAAUGUUGAAAUCAUCGUCGACGUCGAUAACGUAAGCAAAAGCGACACACAGACCGAGGCCGACGAUGAACAGCCAUGCCCUGAUGGGGGGUGGGGCUGGGUAGCAUGUAUGGGUGCCUUCUUCAUUCAGUUUUUGAUGCUUGGAGUUCAGAAUGCCGCUGGGAUUAUCUAUACAGCACUGGUUGAUGAGUUUCAAACUCCGCGAGGGAUAACAGCUUGGGUAGGCUCACUUGCAACCGGAAUGAUGUUUUUCUUAGGUCCCCUAACGACUUCUCUUUGUGAGCGUUACGGCUGCAGGAUCGUCGGGAUCACAGGAACUAUGCUUUGCAUUACUGGUUGUUUCCUGUCGUCCUUCGCCAAUAGUGUUCCAGUUCUUUUCUUUACGUACGGCAUCAUCUGGGGUGCUGGGACAAGCAUGUGUUACUUCCCAACAAUCAUUGUUUUAUCAAAAUAUUUCAAAACGCGUCUGUCGCUGGUGAAUGGCAUUGUCACGUCAGGGAGUGGUCUUGGGACGUUAUCAAUGGGUCCUCUGAUACAGCUUUUGAUAUCGAGCCUUGGAGUCUCCAAUGCCUUUAGAGCUCUAGCUGGAUUGUUGACAUUGCUGAUUCUGUGCGCCGCAACAUUUCGUCCCGUUCCACCAACGUAUAAAGCAAAAACUGAUGAUUCACAACUGAAGAAGAAAAAGAAGUUCUUUGACUGGGAGAUAUUUAAAAACAAAGGCUACGUGCUGUGGUGUGUGUGCCUUUCUAUUUUCAUGUUGGGGUAUUUUGUACCUUUCGUCCACUUAGUUCGCCAUGCUGAAGAUCUUGGUGUCAGUCCAACUAAAGGCUCUUUGUUGAUUGGCUACCUGUCGACUGCUUCAACUUUCGGAAGAUUGUUGUUUGGAAAGAUAUCAGACUUCCAGUGUCUCAACAAAUUCCAUAUCUACCAGUUUGGGUUUGUAGUCAUGGCAACAUGCUCAUUCUUCGUGACUUUAGUCAAAGACUACACAGGCUUUGUGGUGUACUCCGUGGUCUUUGGUUUAUUUGAAGGCUGCUACGUUGUUCUUAUUCCUGUCAUAACAAGAGACAUCGUUGGUUCACAGAAAAUGUCGUACGCGCUUGGUAGUAUGUUUACAUUCAUGUCAUUUCCUAUGAUGGUUGGCCCACCUAUUGCUGGUUGGAUAUAUGACGUCACGCAGGACUACACCGUCGCAUUCUACGUGUGUGGUGUCACUGCAUUGCUACCUGCCUUUCUUAUGUUCCUAGUGCCAUGCCUUACUCCCCCAAGAAAAGGCUCUCCCGGGUCUUCAAGACCAGCGACUCCGAAGAAUCCAAGAGACAACUCAAGCUCAUUAGCCGUCGUCCAAACGUCCAGUAUCCUUGUAUGUUCCUACCAUGGUCCAGGAUUGCUAAACGAUCGAGGAACAUCAUUUGAAACACCCAGUUAUGACAUCAUCAAAGCCUGGGGAUUGGCUGAAAUUAGCUCUAGUCCCCAGGCUGUACAGUUACCAACUCUGCCAUAGCAAUUCUUCGCGAAUGAUGUGCGGUAGGGAA